CAACUUCAGAGCUGCCAGUUGAAAUUGAAGCUCUUAAAACUGUCUACAAAACAGGCGAGACCAUCGUAGUAACUUGUGUGGUCUUUGACAAUGAGGUGGUUAAUUUACAGUGGAAUUAUCCUGGAAAAGUGAAAGAAAAAGGUCUGAUAAAACUUGAUGAUAUCAAAAUCCCAUCGCAGAAGCUGAUUUACACCUUGACCAUUCCUGAGGCAACAGUAAAAGACACAGGGGAUUAUGAAUGUACUGCUCGACAUGCAACCAAGGAGGUUAAGGAAAAUAAGAAAGUAGUCAUUACAGUACAUGACAAAGGGUUCAUUCAUCUGGAGCCUCAGUUUAGUCCUUUGGAAGCUGUCAACCUACAUGAAGUCAAACAUUUUGUUGUUGAUGUGCAGGCAUACCCAGCUCCAAAAAUGUACUGGUUGAAGGACAAUGUGACUCUAAUCGAAAAUCUCACUGAGAUUGUUACUAGUUCGAACAGAGUCCAGGAAACAAGGUUUCAAAGUAUAUUGAAAUUGAUCCGGGCCAAGGAAGAAGACAGUGGGUACUAUACGUUGGUUGCUGAAAAUGAAGAUGAAGUCAAAAGAUACACCUUCUCAUUGCUAAUACAAGUUCCAGCCUUGAUCUUAGACCUGGUGGAUGAUCAUCAUGGCUCAGCAGGGGGGCAGACGGUGAGGUGCUUGGCAGAAGGGACUCCACUUCCCGAUGUGGAAUGGCUGGUUUGCAAGGACAUUAAAAAAUGCAGCAAUGACACCUCAUGGACUCUUUUGACUAAUAAUAUCUCUGAUAUACACAUGGAAGCUCAUCUGGAUGAGAAAAACAUGGUGGAAAGUUGGGUGACCUUUCAGAAGGUAGAGGAGACUCUGGCUGUUCGAUGCAUGGCAAGAAACGACCUUGGUGCUGUUACACGGGAACUGAAGCUCGUGGCUCCCACCUUGCGAUCAGAACUGACAGUGGCAGCUGCAGUCUUAGUACUUUUAGUGAUUGUGAUAAUUUCGCUGAUUGUGCUGGUCAUCAUAUGGAAACAGAAGCCAAGAUAUGAGAUAAGAUGGAGAGUCAUUGAAUCCAUUAGCCCCGACGGCCAUGAAUACAUUUAUGUGGACCCAAUGCAACUGCCUUACGACUCCAGAUGGGAGUUUCCUCGAGAUGGGCUAGUGCUAG